AUGACGAAAGCCUCUUCGCGCCGUUCGAGCGCGACAGCGUCACCGGCCGGAUCAAAUAUCGCAGAGGAUGGGCAACAUGGUGACGCCUCAAAGGUUGCAUCGGCGGACAGCAAGCAAGCAGACAACCCCCCGUCGACGGCGCUUUCGAACGGAACAGACUCUAUUGCGACAACAGUAUCGGCCAAAGACCUGGAUGCGAGCAUCGCAGAAUCACAACCAGCAGGGUCGGAGCCCAUGACAGCGUCGAACUCGAAUACCUCGAUGCGAAACCCCAAAAACUCCGGGGGAGCGGCCACAAGUGCUGGGGCAGCGACAUACGGUACGCGGUCAACGCGCACAAGAACUGGCACCUCACGACCAAAUUACGCAGAAGAUAGUGCAUUGGACGCAGAAUUCGAAAUCGCGCCAAAUCCCAAAGAAAAGACGGGUCGGAAAGCAGCCCAUGCCGCUGAGCCCCCUUCUUCCAGUGCAUCAGACACCGGUAAAUCAGGAGCGAACAGUCCAAAGGUACGCGGUUUAGAUUUAGAACAGAACAAUGCAGCGCAAGUUGCCGCCAAUCUUUCUAUCCCGGGCACUUCGACCUUCUCCUCGGCUCCAACGGCGAAUGUUCCACCAUCGAAGAAAAGAAAAGCGAACAAUCAGAACAAUGGGACAAAUCAGAACGGGUCUGGUCAAAUUCCCAAUGGCAAUCGCAAGUCCGGUGCAGGCUUUCAAAUCGCAGCGGGCUUUCGAGAAACGAACAUGUUGACUUUUGACAACUCUGGGGGUUUUGUAAAGGGCGGGAAGCUGGUGGCAGACGAUGGGACUGUCCUUGCUCUUAAUGAUCAUGUAUACACAAUAUGUGAGCCUCCUGGAGAGCCAUAUUAUAUUGGUCGCAUCAUGGCGUGGAUUCAUGUGAACAAUGACCCCACACAACCACUAGAAGCUCUGCGACUCAAUUGGUACUAUAGACCAAAAGAUAUCGGUCGUAAAGUCAAUGAUACUCGUCAGGUCUUCGCCUCGAUGCAUACCGACGUAAAUCCAUUAACAGCAAUCCGAGGGAAAUGUGAGAUCAAGCAUAAGAGUCAAAUCGAGAACAUGGACGCUUUUCGAGCAUCCAAAGACAGCUUUUACUUCGAAAAGCUAUAUGAUCGCUACAUUCAUCGAUACUACGAAGUUGUUCCUACAAAGGCAGUCAUCAACCUUCCUGAAAAUGUGAAAAAGGUGCUCAACGAGCGUUGGGUUUACAUUUUGGCCGAAACAAAUCGCGCCAAGGAGUACACGACAGCCUCAAAAUCUUGUAAGCGCUGUAAGAGAUAUUGUGCGAGCAACGAGGGUGUGGAUUGCGCGAUUUGUCGGAAUACUUACCAUAUGAGUUGUGUGAGUCCGCCGCUGCUGAAGAAACCCACUCGCGGCUUCGCUUGGGCCUGUGGUCCUUGCAGUAAAGCGCAAGCCAAGAAGUUAGAAGCACGAAACACCCCGACAACAUCAAGUCAGAUAGCCGAUGGCGAGGACGAAGAAAUGAAUGAUGAGGAUGAAGAUUCACCUGCUGCAACCGAGGAGCCCAAUGAAACUGGCCAAACUACCCCUACCGCGGCCAAUGGCUCGAAUACGCCUAUCGAUAUAGGGAAAACGGGACUCACUUCAGAAAAUCGUGGCUUUCUAUGGAGAUAUUUGGGAAUUCAUUGCAAUGUUGAAGAUGCUCUUGAUGCAGACGACCGCAUUCACCCUAGGGCCAGCUCUCGUCUCGGCCCACGCCAUCAAGCCAAUGUGAUUGAAUGGCCCGGACAGCCCAUGCAAUACGUCAAACCACCAGAAGUCAAGCGAAAAUACACGAAAGGUGGUGCGCAGAAAAAGGAAACCAAGAUUUCGAAGGAAGCGAUCGCUGCACAAGAAGCUGAAAAGCUUGCUCGUGAACAACGACCAAAGUAUAUCACAGAAGAGCCACCUGGGUUUGUACAUCGUGGAGAGGAUUUGCCAAAUGACGAUCCUAAUUGUACAGCGAAGCUCUUGUACAGGCUUCCUCGCCCGGAUGAGUUAAAGGAUCCUGAAGUCACGGCCAAUAACGUGGACUUGGUUGAUGAAGAUACUCGUAUACGGGUUGUUCAUGAGUAUGUGAUUAAAGUAAUCCAGCAAGUGUCCCCCCUCUAUCAUCUCCCGCACAUGUCGACGAAUCUCUUGGAUAUUGCGGUCGAGGUCUUACGAUCAAAUAUGUAUGAUACUGAAAAGGCACUGGAAGCUAUGAAGCAUGUGGAUAAAAAAGUAUUCAAGGAGCCAAGUCCCUCUGCGGCCGAGUUGAAGAAAUUUGAAGACGGAGUAUCGAAAUUCGGAUCUGAAUGGCAUAGCAUCAAAAAGCAUGUCAAGUCUAUGAAACCAGCAGACAUAGUCCGCUUCUACUACACCUGGAAGAAGAGCGAGCGGGGGAAACAUGUGUGGGGAAAUUUUUCUGGCAGGAAAGGAAAGAAAGAAGCUAAACGAGCCGAAGCAACAAAGGUCGCAGUCAAGUUACAGGAUGAUGUCGCGGACGAGUACGAUGAUUCUGCAUUCGACAAUGACAAAGCAUACCAAAGGAAGCGGGGUUUCCAGUGUAAAUUCUGCGACACCAGAAGCUCACGCCAAUGGCGAAGGGCUCCGAACACAGCGACAGGCACUACGGUAUAUGAAAAUCCGGGCAAGGGCACGGCAAAAGAAAAGGGAGCUCAAUUAAUGGUGGCCUUGUGUCGAAGGUGUGCAGAGCUUUGGCGCCGUUACGCAAUCCAGUGGGAAGAUGUGGAUGAGCUUUCCAAAAAGGCUGUCUUGAACGGCACCAAGCCUUUCAAGCGGAAGAUUGACGAAGAAACCAUCAAGGAGAUUCUGGCAGCGAACGAGGUGUCAAAUGAGUCGACUAAUCAGAGUGUGAUUAGGCCGCCUCUCUCUACUAGCAGCACUCCUGCCCCAACCGCACCUUUGGCGACAGGCCCUGAGCCGCCGCGCAAGAAAGUCAAGACUGCUGUUGAGCCAGAAGUGGCCGAACCUGCGGUACAGCCGGCACCAGUCACAGCGCCCCCUCCCCCAAAGAAAAAGGUGGUUCCAGAAAAGAUAGCUGCACCACCCCCUCCACCACCCGCACCAGAACCGCCGAAAGCGAAGACACUGGCAUGCGCCAUAUGUGAUCUCGUCGAACCAAAAGAUCAACAUUUGACAUGUAAGGAGUGUCGAUUGGCUGUGCACCGGAGCUGCUAUGGCGUCGUUGGUGACCGUAGCCAUGCCAAGUGGUCAUGUGAUAUGUGUUCGAACGACAAAAAUCCCCAAGUAUCAAUUCAAUACAAAUGCAUGCUGUGUCCAAUCGAGCAUACCGAGUACGAUUUCGUCGAGCCUAUCAAAGCUUCCCACAAGAAGAAAACGGAGAAGGAGCGUGAAAAAGAGCGAGUUGAGAGAGAAAAGGCCCAGAAGGAUGCCGACUUCUUUCACAAGAAGCAAUUGGAGCUCAAUAAACCGGUCAAUCCCAGAGAGCCACUCAAGAGAACCGCUAACAAUAACUGGGUUCACGUGACUUGUGCGGUAUUCACCCCUGAAGUCAAGUUCGGAAAUGCUAAAGCGCUUGAGCCAUCCGAGGGUAUUCCGUCUAUUCCUUCUUCUCGGUAUGAAGAUGUGUGCAAGGUAUGCAAACAAAAGGCCGGGGCUUGCGUAGCCUGUCACUCUUGUAAAGCAUCAAUGCACGUGGAAUGUGCUCGUCAAGCUGGAUACCAACUUGGAUUCGAUAUAACGCCAGUGAAAGGUUCUCGGCGUGAUCAAGUUCCUAUCGUAAACAUCAAGGGAGAUGUCGGCACUAUGGUCGCGGCGCUCUGGUGCAAAGAACACUUUCCGCAGAAAACAGUGGUACACCAAAUCCAGGAUAUCGCGGACGACGAAACGGGGCAGACGGCUCUGCAACUCUACGUACAAAAGUUCAAGCAGGCUGAUCUGACCUUGACUGGCACGGUACGUAAAGCCACGUUGAUAAAUCAAUCAACCAAGGCUGUUCAACCCGCGCCUGUCGCUGCCUAUCCAAACCGCCGGACGUCUACGACAAAUACGAACGGCAAUUCACAUGUGGGUCGCAAUUCAUUGUCCCAUGCAAAGAUUGAGGAGAUCCCUGUUGCAAAGGUAGAACCAGAGAUCAAACGGAUCUGCGCCACCUGUGAUGUCGACGUCAGCCCAAAGUGGUGGAGUUUUCCACCUUCUGAGCCUACCCCUGAACCUGCGGCGAACCAGGUCAAUGGUACAGGACAUACUCACGUCGAUUCCGAAGUUCCUUCAGAGCGCCUUGGAGAAGAUAGCGGAGGUCAUGCCGCAUUAGCCGCAGCAGCUUUGCACCAAGAUACCAAGCCUAUCUCACAAGAGCCUACUGAAUUUCAGUGCCACAAAUGUCACUUCAGGAAAGUGAAACGAGAGCCGACACCUCCGCCAGAGAUACCAGCACCACCACCGCCUCCUCCGGCUCCAGUCGCUUCAAGGGAAGAAAUACGACUGCAUAAUCAUAUUCCUCCACCUAUUGGCAUUCCUCCGCCAGACGUCGAAAUGAUUCAGGCACCACCACCUCAACACGCUUGGUCUCAGCCACCAUCAUAUCCGGGGAAUGGAGCGUACAACAGUUGGCCUAGACAUUCACCGGUCACUGGGGUUUCUCAUAUGAACUACAUGAACGGCAGUGCCCCUCCUCGAUUACCUUCCGUCGUGCACUCUCCCAAUGGACAUCGCCGGCCAAGUAUCCCACCUGUGCCUCAUUCACCUCAUCAGAAUGGAUAUGUCCCACACAUGGCAAACGGGUAUCCACCACCAAGAUCGCCGCAUAUGAACUCGGGGAUGCAUAUGUCUAAUGGGAGUUAUCCAGCAUACACUUCUCCUCGUCCAGGUUCUCAUCAUCUCGCAAAUGGUGGCCCUCCUCCACGAGCAAACGAACCUCCAUAUAACCAUAACAGUCCGCACAGCCACAUGCAUCACAGGCCAUCAUAUUUACCAGCGCAAAGUCCCCCAAUACUCAAUAACCACCUCCAGUCCCGCGAAAACGGCAAUUCCCACCAAACAUCGAACGGGCAUCAAGAAAAUGGUCGCGUUAACGGUGGUGCCAGCGCGAGUCCUUCGCUGGCUAAUCUACUCUCAUGA